AGCGAACGUCUUUAGUCUAGACUAUCACUUCUUAAAUAGCUUGUCUCAGCUUCACUUCACUCUGUAUCGCAAUUGAACGUCUCAUAGCAAACGACCCGUCGUCUUCGCCAGGCGCGACAGUAACCGCCAAGCCUCAGUUGCCUAAUAUGGCAAGGUCACAUCUGUCAGUAGCUUUUGGUCCACUCGCCCCAAUGAGUCGACAUAAUCUGCAGGUACAUCGUUUCAACCCAUUCCGCGUCUGCCUAGACCCAUAGUUGCCUAUGCUACUAUAGAUUACUCGUCUUGUGGUCAUGAUCCAGCCUGGCUUGGAACGGAUCAGUCUGCUUCUGAAGAAUGUCCAGUUUCCAUGGAAAUCGAUACAUGUCGCUGGCACCAACGGCAAAGGAUCCAUUUGCCACUAUGCGUCGAGACUCCUUUCCAAGCGACUCACAAUUGGCAAAUUCACGUCUCCACAUCUCAUAGACAGAUGGGACUGUAUAACCAUCAACCAUAAGCCCGUGGAAGAGGCGCUCUUUCGCAAGAUCGAGAAGCACUACCUGGAACUGAGUAUAAGAGAUGGCAUCAGUGCUUCAAACUUCGAAAUAUUGACUGCCACUGCUUUCCACAUCUUCAACGAAGCCAAGGUAGAGAUUGGCAUCGUUGAAGUUGGCAUGGGCGGAAAGCUCGAUGCUACCAAUAUACUGAACAAUCAAGCGGUUUCAGUCAUCGCAAAGAUAGCAAGAGACCACGAGGGCUUCUUAGGUGAUACCCUAGAAGAGAUCGCACUCCACAAGGCUGGCAUCCUCAGGCCUGAUGUACCUUAUCUUGUCAAUCCUAAAAACGAGGAUAACGUCCAGGCCGUCAUUAGAAAGCAUGCUCAAAGCAUUGGGGCAGGACCUUGUUUGGAAUACGAUCCUCCAGGCUUUUCAAAGACUCUGUUCGCGCACGAAGACCGGCCACCAAACCCGACCGCUCAACGGGAAAAUAUCGUCCUCGCAGCGAGGGCUACGAUGGCAGCAAUGGAAAGUCUCGGCAGAGAGAUGAAACCGUUUGUGAUGCAACACACCUUGCACGGCUCAAGGAACUUCCCAUACCCAGGACGACUAGAGUCGGUUCGAGUACCGCCUAUCUUUGGUGCGCCAAGUACGACAAGCACGACUGGAUUUGAUCAAAAAGGAGAAUUUAUCCUGGUAGAUGGAGCUCAUAACGCCGACGCUGCCACACUGCUGAGUGGUCACGUCGGACGGACCUUGCGGGCAAAGAAGGUUCCUGGUGUUCAAAGGCCAGGCAAGGGAUGGCCUAUCACAUGGGUACUUGCAAUGACCGAUGGGAAAGAUGCAUAUAAAUUCCUGAGAAACAUACUACACCGAGGAGACAAUGUCGUCACUACGUCCUUUGGUCCGGUGGAUGGUAUGCCUUGGGUGAGACCAAUGCAUCCAAAACGACUCCUCGCCAUAGCAAAAUCGAUCGAGCCCACUAUCACAGGGCUAGCUGUGGAAGAAGGCGGGCCGCUCCGAGCACUUUGUACAGCAAAACACCUCCGAGAACCUGAAGGAUCGAUCGUCCUGACAGGUAGUCUGUAUCUUGUGGGCGACUUUCAUCGCGAUUUGCGGGCGAAUUAUGGAAAGGGAUACUGGGAGAGACCACAUUUUGAGGAGACUAAGAAGAAGUUCGCAGCGAUGCUAGAGGAGGAGAAGCACAGAGUCAACUGGCUGCUCGGCGGAACCAUCGAUUCCUUUGAUCAACCUCUUGAACCCGAUGCCAGAAAAGGCGAAGAGAGCGAUGAGUGGAAAAGGCAGCAGGCCAACCGCGAAAAGCGGAGGGCCAUGCAAGAAGAGAUCGAGGCUCUUGACCGAGAAAUGGAGCUUCUCACAGCCGAAGAGCAGCGUCUCACAAAAAGUCACACACCGGCUACAGAUAAGGACACACUGGCUCCAGAUAAGGGAUCAAAUCCACCCCGUUUCCAUGAUCCAACAAUAUCUUUAUUAGAAGAAGGCGCACCCCUCCCCAGCAAAUACAAGACGAAGACCCUUGAGAGCGGCGCGAAAAUCAGAUACCACAAAACAGUAUCGUCAUCACUGGACGAGGAAAAACGAGUGGAACCUUCUCCUCCUAUACAUAGGGCACCCCUCAAGGCCGACUCAUACAGUCCGACCACCUUGGAUAAUGGCGGAAGAAUACGAUAUCACAAAGUAGAGAGCAGGAGUGGCACGCUGGUGGUCAACUUGGAUCGCCGUCAGGAGUAGAAAUUCGAUCGGCCCUGGGAGUUCGAAGUCCUAAUGUGUACGAUAUGAUUGUGUAUGAAUGUUGCGGUAGCAGUGGAUUGCAGUUUGCUUGUGACGUGGUAUGUGCAGGGAGACACUACUGUGCAAAAAGCAUUGUAUCUUCUAGGUUCUUCAUGUGUAUAUCAUUAUCAAACUUAUCCUGGGAAUUUCUAGUACAUCACACAAGUAAAACUGCUUCGAA